UGCUAUGCUAUCAAACAGGUUGUUAGCCCGUAAAGCUUACACGCUGUUGCGGUAGUUAGAUAAACGCAGCAGCGUUGUGACGGAGUUUGACAACACGUGGAAGACAGAGUGAACAUGCAGAUAUGUGACUACAUAUAGGAAAACCCGAAGAUGGACAAGGAGAGCAAACUGUCAUCUGCUGUCCUGCAGUCCCCUGAAUGGAGACGGAGAAAGGAUUCUGCAGAGCCACACACAACCUCAUCCCCACCUCCAAUACUGCCAAAUCCUCAUGUAUCCGAACAGAGUUUAAGAGGGAACUGGUCGUCAGGUCUGAGCCAGAAGCAGAAUCCAUCAAAUACAAAUGGAGCAACAGCAGCAGGAAAAGUACCAGGCCUGCCAAGACGUCAUGGCUACAGCAGCAGCCGUCAAGUUAAAGACACCAGGGAGGAUGUCCUGCAGAGAGAAAGAUCCUCACAGGAUGCACAUGCAAAGAUCAACAGAUCAAAAAGCAACAUUGGCUUCCCUACCCAAGGCAGAGUUCUGGGCAGGAACUCACUGGAAGCCCAGAAAAAAGGUUUUGGAAGUGCCAGGUCUGCCGCAAACUUUGCAGGGAAUUCUAAACCAGCAAAGACAGACUUUGCCCCAUUUGAAGUAAAAAUGACUGACUUCCCAGAGUUAGCUGGGGGUCCGCUGGGCAAACCUGGACCUCCGAUUGUUUCAAGAGAACGCUGGGGUCUAACUCCUCCUCAAACCCUGAGCCCUCAACCACAAACAUCGGCAUCUUCAUGGAAGUCUGUCAGCAGAGGACUCCCAACACAGACUGACCCCCAAAAAAUUGACCCCAAUGCUAAGCCAGAUUCAUCUGCUUGGUCAACAGGUCAGCCUGAGGUUACCUCCUGGGCUAAUGUUGCCUCUCAGCCUCCAAAGAAACUGGUUCCUAAAGAGAAGACGAUCAAAAGCGACCACGUGCAAACGGAAGAAAUGACUGCACAGCAGGAAGAGGGAGCUCCGGGGAAGAAAAAGAGAAAGAAAAAGAAGAAGAAGGCUAAAGGUGCUGAUGAAGAAGCAGAAGAUGAGGCAGAAGAGCCAGCAAUGUAUCAGGCACCUCCAAAAUUUGAGGAUGAGGAGGAGUUCCCAGGCUUGACUCCUGCUCUGACUGGGGCUGAUAGGUUGACAAUGAGCAGCUAUGCAGCAAAACUAUGCAAUGAGGAAAGCCAAAGAGAAAUUGUUCAGCGUCAGUCUGCUGACCAGACCAAGGAAAAAUCACCUGCCGGAAAAGCUCAGCCUGCAGAGACGUCUAAGAAAGGACAGAAAGCUGAAAAGGUGUCCGGGAAGAAAAGCAAAGUUCCUGUUCAGCUGGACAUUGGAAACAUGUUGGCCGCUUUGGAAAAGAAGCAAUCUCAAAAAGCCAAGCAGGACGCCAAACCAGUCAUUCUCUCAGUUGGUGGAGGACUACCUGUUGUCCAGAAGCAACCAUUAGUCCAGAAAAAGCCUCCGUGGCAGCAGGAUAAAAUUGCACACAAUCCCCUGGACUCCACCAGCCCUUUGGUGAAGAAAGGAAAGCAAAGAGAGGUGCCGAAAGCCAAGAAACCCACUCCUCUUAAAAAAGUAAUUUUAAAAGAAAGAGAGGAGAGGAAACAAAAACGUUUGCUGGAGGAGAGAGGGCUACUGCCGGAAAAUGAGUUAAAACCUACCAGUGAUGCAGAAAAAGAAGAGGAGUGUGAGACGAAUGCAACAGUCCCAAGUGAGCUCGGGAGCCCUACAGAUGAACUUGAAGAUCAGUCAGAGUUUAACAGCACAAGCCUAAUGGUGAAAGAGGGCGAUGAAGAGGAUGACAAAGAGGAGAUUGUAGAACAACAAACCACCUCACCUGUGCCCUGCCAAGCCAGUCGACCCAAAAUCCACAGCAGAAAGUUCAGAGACUAUUGCAACCAGAUGCUGAGCAAAACCGUUGAUGAGUGUGUAACGACUCUGCUCAAGGAGCUGGUUCGUUUCCAGGACCGCCUUUACCAGAAGGACCCCAUGAAGGCCCGCAUGAAAAGACGCAUUGUGAUGGGGCUGAGAGAGGUCCUGAAGCACCUCAAACUCAGGAAGGUCAAGUGUGUCGUCAUCUCACCCAACUGUGAACGCAUCCAGUCCAAAGGCGGCCUGGACGAGGCUCUUUACACCAUCAUUGACACUUGUCGUGAACAAGGGGUGCCGUUUGUGUUUGCCCUCUCCAGGAAAGCUUUGGGCCGCUGCGUCAACAAGGCAGUGCCUGUCAGCCUGGUGGGCAUCUUCAACUAUGAUGGUGCACAGGACUUCUAUCAUAAGAUGAUAGAGUUGUCGUCUGAGGCCAGGAAAGCCUAUGAGACGAUGGUGUCAAGCCUGGAUCAGACAGGACAGGAAGAGGCAGAGGAGACAGGGAACAAUGAGGAAGAGCUGCAGAUCAGCAGCCCGGCUGAGGAGGCUGAGCCCAGUCCUGACACCACACAGCCAGAGGAGCCAGAGUACAUGAAAAUUUGGAGGAAAAUGUUGGAGAAGGAUUGCAACCACAAAUUUCUGAACUUUGAGGAGCAGCUGAGCUCCAUGCGCUUAGACAGUGAAUGUACUACAGAAAACACUGAGGAAGAUGAGAAGAGUUGACAGUGGCCAGUCUCUCUGUUUCUAAACAAAAAAGAAAGAGAACUAAAUCACGCUGAUUAUAUGUUUAGAAGAAACUUGGAUGGGAUAAUCCGACAUGCAGAAAAGUAUUAAUGCAAGCUGCCCUGCUGCAGUGGUUCAUCUCAAAACUUUAGGAGUUUGUCAGGAAAUCAAUCAUAUUGGUAAAGUUGCAAUGAAUUUCUUAUUUUCUUUUGUAAAAUCUUAAGUAAUAUUUUUGUUUUGAGUUGAAGAUAAUCAUGCAGAGCUGUGUUUUUUAGAGUUUGUGUGGGUUAGAAACUGGAGAGGAUUAAUCGCUGACUUCAUAGGACCAAACCACUCACUUGAAGAAUUCCCACAAUAUGAAUUUUGAACCAUAUGGUGUGUGGUCAGACUAGAGGAUGUGCAGAAGUUUAUGUACUGAAUGUGUGUAGAAAAUCAACCUGUUACACAGUACAAAGAAAAGGCCAGUGGUGACUUCUGCACUGAAACUAUUAUGGUGCAUUUCUUUCCUCUUUUCAAUUUAGUUUAAAUAUUUCUUGUCUCCUAUUAUUUGUCGGGGACAUUAAAGUAAAACAGGAAAUGUAGGAAUGGACAAGGUGAAUGACAUGCUACAAAAGUGUUCUGCCAAGCGUAAACUGAAACGGGGCUUAAAGUGAAAUAAGAUUUACAGCUUGUGAAAUGGGAGGAGGAAACUGCAUCUGAAAUUCAAGCUUUUGGAAUAGUUUAGGACAAUACAUUGAGAAACUAAAAGCGUCAACACUGUACAUGACACAAGAUGUAAGUCACCUUUUUAUAGUAUACUGUUUUUGCUUUGAGUAUUAAAACAACAACAUAUUAAGCCAAUAUACACUAACAAUAAAUGAUACCAAACAUGCAACUUUAAAAAGGGCACACUUUUUGUAUAUCCUUUGUUCACUGCUUUGAUGGGAAAUGUUAGAUGUGGAUUCAGUUUCACACACAGUGUGGGAAGUUGGAGCACUCUGUACUCACUAUUAUUUUUUACUAUUAUCACAUCUAUUUACAAAUUUUCUAAAUUAUUACAAACUUUCCUGUACAUUUUUGCACUGUUUUUCAGAGGUUUACAAAGGGUCUAAAUCCUAUUGAUCCUACUUUGAGCCCAAAGUGCUAAAUCCCUAGGAUGUCAUGAGUUGAAUGUAGAUUUAAAGAAAAAUAAGCUAUGCCCCUUCUUUGCAUUAGAAAUAAAUCCUUUUUACAAGUAUGUCCCCCCCCCCCCCCCCCCCCCCCCCCCCCCAAAUGCACUACAUAGUAGAGCCGGCAUUUGUAGCUUAUCACACAUUUGUAGUACUACCUGUAAUUAGGUGUACAGGGCUGCAUACGAUAAUGUUAAGAAACAUUACGUGCUAUUACAUUUAAAUGUUUUUUUGAGUUAUCCAUUGACCCACAUAGUUAGGGAUUAGGAAGUAUAAAAUGACAUAAUGAAUCCUUACUAUAUACAACAGGAAGAAUCACAAUCACAAAAAAGCAAUAAAUGGUAACAUUUGAAAUUUGAAAAGUAAUUAGGCAGAGGACUCAGAUGAACAUUGUACAGUGGAGAAGAUUUAAAUUGUGACAAUCUUGAGAAAUAGUUAUGUUAUGAAAAUGUCAACUUCUUGCAAGUCAACAAUUUUACAGGGAGCAGCAGAAAGACUUUUACUGAGAAGGUUCCUUGAGAUUUUGACAUGUUAGAAUAGGAAACACAGGAGUAAAAGCAUUACUUAAGUCUUAAAUUUCAUAUGAAUCUUAGACUACAGCCUCCAGCUGGUUGGAUCAAGCAUCAAAGCUGGGAGUGAGCACAGCCUAUAGCACUUCUUAACUAACACAUUAUGUCUUUAUUUGCUUUAUCAUUGCAUAAAGUGUUGUGUGAAAGUUAUUAUCAACCGGUUUAAGGUUUUAUAGGCAAACUAUUUCUUGGCUCUAAGGAAUUACAAAAGAAAGAAAUAUCCAGAGGGAAAAGACUAUCUGUAAAGUGGCAAAGUUUUGUGGUGGUGAGAGACCAAACUGAUUCAAUUGGAAUUUAAAACUGUGUGAAGAUUUUAACCAAUGCAAGCAGGAUGAAAAGCAAUGUGGAGUAUACAUUUUCAAUGUAGGGUUGGGUAUGGAAACAUUUCCUGCGGGUAUUAAGAUACAAGCAAUAUUUGUUCAGUUUUAUUUUUAUUUUUGAGUGGCAUGUAAAAUAGGAAAUUAAAAAUUGGGCUAAAGUAGA